AUGCAAGCACACGCCGGAAUAUUUCGACCAUGGCUUGUCGCAACCAAACAUCCGUUCAACAUGAACGUUGAACACCGAUCAUUGCAUAUGGAGGAACAUCCAACUGGACGCUCGUCAAUGGAGCAAAUACUGCCACAGGUCCACAAGCAUGCAGGUAGUCCACAAUCCUACUUCCUUCAACUCCAAAAAUCCGGUCUCAACAGUUCCAAUACCUAUCCAAUACUCUAA